AUGGUGCGUCAGCUCCAUGAUGGCAUGAUGGCGCGAGUCAUGCACAAUGGAACUGUCUCAGAGGCAUUUUCAAUGACCAACGGAGUGAAACAGGGCUGUGUCCUCCCGCCUACGCUCUUCAAUCUCAUGGUCUCUGCCAUGCUGAUGGACGCCUAUUGUGGCGAACGCCCUGGUAUACGCAUCACGCACAGGACGGACGGUCAACUCAACAGCCGUCGGCGGAUACACUUCCAGUCGCGUGUAUUCACAACCACUGUCUAUAAACUUCUCUUCGGAGACGACUGCGCCCUCAACCCUACCUCGGAAGGGGAAAUGCAAAGGUGCAUGGAUCUCUUCGCCAUCGCCUGCAACAAUUUCGGCCUGAUCAUCAACAAGGAAAAGACGAUGGUCAUGUAUCAACCGCCACCCGACGCUGCCUACGUCGCACCCCAAAUUAAUGUGAACGGUGCCCAACUGCAAGUCGUGGACAACUUCACUUACUUGGACAGCACGCUCGCCCGCAAGACCCAAAUCGACGCUGAAGUGGCCCGCCGGAUUUUCAAAGCCAGCCGGGCCUUCGGCCGUCUGCAAAGCACCGUCACGGACUCCAUCUCAACACCAAACAGAAGAUGUACAAGGUAGUCAUCCUGCCGACGCCGCUGUAUGGAGCGGAGACCUGGACAGUGUACAAGAAACAGGCGCGAAGACUCAAUCAUUCCCAUCUCAGCUGUCUUCGGCGGAUACUGAAGCUUAAGUGGCAGUAACGGAUCCCGAACUCGGAUGCACUGCAGCGGACGGGAAUUCUCGGUCUCUACGCCAUGCUAAGACAACUUAAACUGCGCUGGAGCGUCAAUCUCGUACGGAUGGACGAUGAGAGACUACCCAAACGACUCUUCUAUGGAGAUCUCGCAACGAGUUCACGCAGACAAGAAUGUCAGUUCCGGCGCUACAAUGAUACUUUGAAAACCUCUCUGAAGCACCUGCAGAUAGUCCCGGAAAACUAACGAGACCUCGCGCGGGACCGGCCUUCUUGGAGGACAUCAAUGAGCACGGGCGCGGCAAUCUUCACAGCCAACCCCAUAACCGCCGACAAAUCCAAGCUCGAGACACAAAUCUCAGCUGCCGCCGCUGCCCCACAACGCCAACGCCCAACCACCUCCGCCGUGCCCACGAUGUUAACGGACAUUCCGGGCGCCAAAUGAUUUUUUGGGCGCCUCCGGACCAAAUGCAGCACCCGGACUGCAUCAACUGUCGUCUCUCUGUCCACAUCACCUUCGCCUUCCACGUCAACUAACGUUGACCGCCCUCCCGAACCACCGUUCCCAUCCUCCCGCUCCUCCUCCUCCUCCUCCUCCGCCGCCGCCUCAACGCCUGCCACUGUGACGUUUGCCAUGUUCAUCAAGACUACACACAAUCCUGAAACACCAACAAACACCAACACCACCGUUGUCAACACCACUAAUGAGGACCCGGUCUAUACCUGUCCUCAGUGCGAUCUCACCUUCAUCUCACACAUUGAGCUGGUCGGUCACUUGCGAAUCUAUCGCACGGCGACUGGCGAACCAGUGCCUGGAGCACCAACCUACACUCGCCGCAUCCGCCUCCACUGUCCACGUUGCACUCGCACAUUUAUUCGUCGCAUGGGUCUAUAA